UUGAGUAUAUCCAAAAAAGCAAGAAAAGCUAACAAAACCCGUUCUCUCGCCGACAGCCGCAACGGUAACCCUCAUUCUCUCGUUCCUCUGCUUGGAAGAAGACGGGUCGGAUAUACAGUACCAACUAGAAAGUCCAGUCCGACCAAAACGAGAUGUCACAGGAGCAUGACAACAAGCGGGCAGUGCUGGUGCUACAGAAUGAUCCAGCCUACAACCAACGUCGUGCCUUCACCAGUGAAGAUGAAGCAUGGAAGUCCUUCCUGGAAAACCCUCUUACAGCUGCCACCAAGGCCAUGAUGAGCAUUAAUGGAGAUGAGGACAGUGCUGCUGCACUAGGCCUUCUUUAUGAUUAUUACAAGGUGCCACGGGAAAAGAGGACAAUAUCCCAGCCAAAGACCGACAUCCUAGGCUCUGAUGUGGAUCCCAACAAAAGGAACCUCAUGGCACCUAUCCCAGAGGCCUCAAUGACAUCGGCUGAGAGCAGGAUCCAGGUUCUCAAAGGGGUCCCACUGAACAUUGUGCUCCCUGGGAACCAGCUGGUGCAGGACAAGAGAGCGCUUUUCCCCUCACCCGACACCACAGUCACAGUGUCAAUUGCUGCUAUGCCCAAUUACCCUGUAAAGACUGAGGAGCCAUCGCAUGCUUUUUCUGUCACUGUGCCGAACCCACACUGCUCUGAGCCCGAGGGUCAUUCAGUGGUGUUCGAGCGUCAGCUCGCCCACAAUCAGUUCAGUCCCAACACACAGCCUCGAACACCCGAUUCGACUUUCCCUGAGACCUUCAAGGAUGGGGGUCAGGAGGUGUUCUCAUUCCCAGGGGAUCUCCAGUUACGGAUGGCCUCCAUUGCACAAGAGGACUAUCCCGCCUUCGACACCGUGUCAGGUAAUAAUUUUGAGUAUACACUGGAAGCCUCAAAGUCCCUCCGUCAGAAGUCAGGUGAUGGCACAAUGACAUACCUCAACAAGGGACAGUUCUACCCUAUCACUCUAAAGGAAACAGACAACAGCAAAGUUCUUCACCACCCCAUAUGCAAAGUCAGGAGUGUUGUAAUGGUAGUGUUCGGUGAGGAGAAGUGCAGAGAUGACCAGCUCAAGCAUUGGAAGUAUUGGCACUCCAGACAGCACACAGCCAAACAGAGAUGCAUUGACAUCGCUGACUACAAAGAAAGCUUUAAUACCAUCAGCAAUAUUGAGGAGAUCUCUUAUAACGCUAUCUCCUUCACAUGGGACAUCAAUGAGGAGGCAAAGAUCUUCAUCUCGGUCAACUGCCUGAGCACAGACUUUUCCUCUCAGAAGGGUGUAAAGGGUCUCCCGCUGAACCUGCAGAUCGACACAUACAGCUACAACAACCGCAGCAACAAGCCUAUACACCGUGCCUACUGCCAGAUCAAGGUAUUCUGCGACAAGGGUGCAGAGAGGAAGAUCCGCGAUGAGGAGCGCAAGCAGUCACGCAGGAAGGGCAAAUGUGCUGAAGUGAACCCAAACAUGGCUGCCUAUGUGGAUGCCAAAAUGCCUCUGAUGCACAAGCGUAGUGAUAUCACCGUAUUUAAGAUGAUGACAGAUCUGGAAACUCAGCCCGUCCUUUUCAUUCCUGACAUCCACUUUGUAAAUUUCCAGCGCCAUCCUUUCACUCCUGAGGAUGCAGAAGAUGGCUCAGGAAUGAAAAGAUUACCCUACUCAGAAGAUGAGUUUGGCUCUCCUCCUAAUAAGUUGGCCAGGGUGGAUGAACCAAAGAGAGUUUUGCUGUACGUGCGAAAAGAGAGUGAGGAGGUCUUUGAUGCCCUCAUGCUGAAGACUCCUACACUGAAAGGACUGGUUGAAGCGAUUUCAGACAAGUAUGAAGUUCCACUUGAUAAACUGGGGAAGGUCUACAAGAAGUGCAAAAAAGGGAUUCUGGUCAACAUGGAUGAUAAUAUUAUCAAGCAUUACUCCAACGAGGACACCUUUCAGAUCCAGAUGGAGGAGAUGGGUGGAAUGGUGAAGCUCACUCUCACUGAGAUUUGAAUGGCCGGCUCACCAAUAAGGACUUGUUUACAUGCCUCUAUGUCUGUGUCCAUGGCCUUGGAGGUACUUCAGGCCUUCCAUGCACUUCUUAUCUGUGGUUUCCUACAUGUAGCUGAGACUAAGAUUUUUUCCCCCUAAUCUGCCCGAAACCUAUUUUCUGUGUGUUGUUAAUAUGACAUGUGAAGUGUAUGCCACACUAUGCAAUGUGUGAAAUGAGAACAGCAAGGAAAAUGUAUCUGCCUUGAUAUAUAAAUCCUGAGGUUUUGAGCCAUAUGUUCUAUUUUUAAAGUGAAAAAUAUCUGUGGUUUUUAAUAAUCUGAGAAUCUAAGAAAGAGCUGAGUUAAUCCAAAGUCAGAUUCCCUCUAAAUAUUUAAUUUGUGUUAUAGAGCUUUAAAACCAACAGCACUGGAGAUCCUCAUCUUUAAAGGCGAGCAUGCAAGUAAAUGGGGUAUUGUUGCUGUUAGAGGGAUUUUUGGGCAUUUUUACUGGUUUCUGUA